AUGAAGUACUUGGGGCAUGAAAGAGGCAACGCCCAAUUCGAUGCCCAUCGCCGCAACUUCAUCACUGAGGCCGAUUUUGCCCAAAUUUCCGCAUACGGUCUGAACACCGUUAGAAUUCCGAUUGGCUACUGGAUACGAGAAGCAGGUGGUGGAGAGGAUAGAACUUGGGCCCCAGGUGGAAUCACCUAUCUGGAUCGUGCGAUUAGAGAAUGGGGCCCCAAGCAUAAACUUUUCGUGCUCAUCUCAAUCCACGCAGCUAGGGGAAGUCAAAAUGGAUGGGAUAGCAGCUCGCCGCAGGAAUUUUUAAAGACCAAUUGGGAUAAGCAUCAGGAAAACAUCGACGACACCGUAGCACUGGCCAACUGGUUAGCGUUACGCUAUAAAGACGAUAUCUGCUUCUUAGGAAUCGGGCUGCUAAACGAACCGAACAAAGUGGAUCCUGAUAAAUUAACCAGAUACUAUCUGGAGGCUGGUGCUCGGAUACGUGAGCAUAGUGAUAUCGAGUGGAGUCUGGCUGCCGCGGUUCCCAUGAAUGAGGAGCAGAUGCGAAGGUUUGCAAAGGCCCAACUUGUCGCCUACAAAAAGGCGCGGGGCGGGUGGAUCUUCUGGACUUGGAAAUUCUAUGGUGAAGAUGAAGAUGGAACUAACGCUUGGAGCGCCAGGCAAAUGUUCAAGAACGGGUUAUUGCCGAGAAUUGAUUUGGAUUCGGAA